AUGCGACAAAGCCCACGAAGCCGAUCUCGAAGCCUGCGUUCCCUCAUCGACGACCACGAUGCUUACCACCAAUGCCGAGUCGAAGCGGACGAGAAGCAGAAGGUUUGCACCGAUCCCUGCGGCGACUGCCACAAAAACUGCAACGUCGCGCACCACGAAGACAAGCUCAAGUGCGAUCAAAUUCAAAACCACCAGGAACACCAGAAGUGCAUGAAAGAGGCCAACAACGCCCACCACGCUUGCAACGACAAGUGCCACUGCAUCGACUCCUGCGAGCAUCGAUACGUCACCGAGCACAACAGAUGCGAUGCGAUCGAUAACGACCCCGCCCUGGAGCAGCUUUGCCGAGACAACGCCUGGGAACUCCUCGAUAACUGCAUGAAGAGCAACUGCGGACAACCAGCGACGACUACCAGCUUUCCAACAACCACCCAGCCAACCACCACCACCACUGGAGAAGGAAGCGGAGACAUGUGGUUCGAAGAAGAACCGCUCUUUUUGUAA